AUGAGGCAUGUUGGAGUGCAGAUCCAGAUUGAAGGAGGUGCAAAUCGCAGAGUUUUUGCAAAUAUUCAUAUCAACAAGAAAGGAAGAUGUCAAUUGUACGGCAAUCCUUUAGAAGAAUUUUUCAGAGAUAUUGGCCUUGGACCUUCAACUAUUAUGCAUAUUGUUUAUCAAAAAGAUGCUAAUGUAUUGCGUAUCUUCCAUUUUUACAAUGAUGUAUGCCAGCGUCUUAGCCACGAUGACACUGCCAACAUUGGAAAUUGUUAUCUACUCAGCCUAGAUCUUAACACUGCAUCACGCUGUGACAUUAGAAGACGUUAUUUUGGUACAAUAGGUUGGCCUUCACUUGAGAAAACAGCAAGAGUUAUUGAGGACAAUGGUAAUCCUGGCUUUUUCCUAUAUCUAUGGAAGAUAAUGAACUUUCAGGUUUUCAAGGGAAACAAUGGGAAGAUUUUUAUGACUGGUACUAUAAUAGGAAAAGGUGAGAUUGAGAUAGUUGAUUACAUUCGUUGCAAUACUGAUAAGAACAUUUUCUUUGUCAUCAUGACUAAUGAGUUAAUUGAUCGUGGUCGACUGGAAAUACCGUGGUACAUAGUCAGAAGAUUGGCGAUAGAAGAAUACGAAAAUCUCAUUUUAUAUUAUGAUCAUUGUCCAAUCAUCAGCAUGCGACGAUAUCAUAUGCCAGAAUCCCACAAUCGUUUUGUUGUGGAAGGAGACAUCAGAGCAAUCAUGGAUAUGAAGAAAAUUCUUGUUGGCAUCAAAUUGGGUUUCCGUAUAAAUGCAAAAAAAGUUGCAAACAAGGAAGCAUUGAUACUGGAAGUUCUCUAA